CACAGCAGUGCUCCCGCUGCCCGGAGCCUCAGACCCGGCCCGAGCGCCGCCGAGGACGCGGACGGGGACCCGCAGGGGCUCGGGGGCUGCGCCGGAGGUUCCUCUCGCGGGCGGGGGCUGCGCGACCAUGGCGGACAAGGAGGCGGGCGGCGGCGACGCGGGGCCCCGAGAAACAGCCCCCACGUCUGCAUAUUCAUCUCCAGCCCGGAGUCUGGGGGACACAGGAAUAACACCACUGUCCCCUUCCCAUAUCGUGAAUGACGCUGACCCGAACGUCUCAGAGCAGCAGACGUUUCUGGUGGUGGUGGCCAUUGACUUUGGAACCACGUCCAGUGGCUAUGCCUACAGCUUCACCAAGGAGCCAGAAUGUAUCCACGUGAUGAGGCGAUGGGAAGGGGGAGACCCUGGGGUGUCCAACCAGAAGACCCCGACCACCAUCUUGUUGACCCCGGAGAGGAAGUUCCACAGCUUCGGGUACGCUGCCAGGGACUUUUACCAUGACCUGGAUCCCAACGAGGCCAAGCAGUGGCUGUACCUGGAGAAGUUCAAGAUGAAGCUGCAUACCACCGGGGACCUCACCAUGGAUACAGACCUAACAGCUGCAAAUGGCAAGAAAGUCAAGGCGCUUGAAAUCUUCGCUUACGCCCUGCAGUACUUCAAGGAGCAGGCGCUGAAGGAGCUGAGUGACCAGGCGGGGUCAGAGUUCGAGAACUCUGAUGUCAGAUGGGUCAUCACAGUGCCUGCCAUUUGGAAACAGCCCGCCAAGCAGUUCAUGAGACAAGCUGCCUAUCAGGCAGGCCUGGCCUCCCCCGAGAACGCCGAGCAGCUCAUCAUCGCCUUGGAGCCCGAGGCGGCCUCCAUCUACUGCCGGAAGCUGCGGCUGCACCAGAUGAUCGAGCUGAGCAGCAAGGCCGCGGUCAACGGGUACAGCUCCGGUGACACAGUGGGAGCUGGGUUUGCACAGGCUAAGGAACACAUCCGGCGUAAUCGGCAGAGUCGGACCUUUUUGGUGGAGAAUGUCAUAGGAGAAAUCUGGUCCGAGCUGGAGGAAGGUGACAAGUAUGUGGUUGUGGACAGUGGCGGUGGCACAGUGGACCUGACCGUCCAUCAGAUACGGUUACCGGAGGGUCACCUUAAAGAACUGUAUAAAGCAACAGGUGGACCCUAUGGAUCCUUAGGAGUAGAUUAUGAAUUUGAAAAACUUCUGUGUAAAAUAUUUGGAGAGGAUUUUAUCGAACAAUUCAAAAUCAAGCGUCCUGCAGCCUGGGUUGACUUAAUGAUUGCAUUUGAGUCUCGUAAAAGGGCAGCUGCUCCAGACCGAACUAACCCACUGAACAUCACCCUGCCCUUCUCCUUCAUUGACUACUACAAGAAGUUCCGUGGACACAGUGUGGAGCAUGCCUUGAGGAAGAGCAAUGUGGAUUUUGUGAAGUGGUCCUCACAAGGGAUGCUGAGGAUGAGUCCGGAUGCCAUGAAUGCCCUUUUUAAGCCAACCAUUGACAGCAUCAUUGAGCAUCUCCGGGACCUGUUUCAGAAGCCCGAGGUGUCCACUGUCAAGUUCCUCUUCCUGGUGGGAGGCUUUGCGGAGGCGCCCCUCCUGCAGCAGGCAGUUCAGGCCGCCUUCGGCGACAAGUGCCGCAUCAUCAUCCCCCAGGACGUGGGCCUCACUAUCCUCAAGGGCGCGGUCCUCUUCGGCCUGGACCCCGCGGUCAUCAAGGUGCGCCGAUCACCACUCACCUACGGGGUGGGCGUGCUGAACCGCUACGUGGAGGGCAAGCAUCCUCCUGAGAAGCUUCUGGUGAAGGAUGGGACUCGCUGGUGCACUGAUGUGUUUGAUAAGUUCAUUUCUGCUGACCAGUCGGUGGCCCUGGGGGAGCUGGUGAAGCGUAGCUACACCCCGGCCAAGCCUUCCCAGCUGGUCAUCGUCAUCAACAUCUACAGCUCCGAGUGCGACGACGUGAGCUUCAUCACCGACCCGGGGGUGAAGAAGUGUGGCACGCUCCGCCUGGAUCUCACAGGGACCAGCGGCACGGCCGUGCCCGCCCGGAGGGAGAUCCAGACCCUCAUGCAGUUUGGGGACACAGAGAUCAAGGCCACGGCCGUCGAUAUAGCCACCGCCAAGAGUGUCAAGGUUGGGAUUGACUUCUUAAAUUACUAACCGGCCCACCCCGCCGCCUGCCCCCUUGGACUAAGCUCACCUGCAUCUGCGGACCUCCCCCCUACCCCUUGACUGUCCUUUCCUCCUUGUCCUUGACCCUCAGCAUUGCUCACCUGAAUUUCAGCAGGGAAGAUGGGAACAACUAGGGCUAGAAAUAAUUAGGGAUUUUCGAGGGCACACUGGAGUCAGAAAAACUGUUAGAAAUUGAGGUUGAGGUUUGGGGAUGAGAAAGCUGAGGAUCCUGGAAGAGCAGCUAGUUUUCACAGGUACAGAGUGGUGAAACACACCCACCCGCACAAGGGAAUCAGUCUGUUUCUGCAGCAGUGAUUCAGCCUCAUUUGCAAGGAUCUCCGUUAGGUAGAACGUAGGAGGCCCUAUUGCUAUCUUUCUAGAUUUGAAAUGAGAUCUUUGAGCCAAGAGGAGAUUCUUCAUCUAUUUGAGACUUUUCUUUUUACAUUUUGUGGAUGGCAGUCGACCCAGAAUGCUGUCCAUCUGCAGUUAAUUGCUUUUCAUCAUCAUGUGAUUAAAAGCGAUGAUUCACGAAACUGGGAGCAUUUUCAGCUGGUGGGAGAGGACUGGCCCUGCUGGGCACUAUUUUAGGGUCUCAUAAUUUCAAUUCUGAAUAGGUUCAGGGAGGAGUAACGAUAGCCUGAGCUAAUCUACUAGGAUUUGAGUGAGUGGGAGAGCUGACACCUUAGCUUUUCGGCAGCGAAAGCUUGCUUCGAGGGAAAUGGAUAGUCAGGCACUGCUGACUUAUACCAAAUCAUAUGCUGUGUGGCAUCUUUCUCCAGAUGCUAGAUCCUGAUUUCUGAAUUCAUAAAUAAUUCAAGCCAAGUUUAGUGGGCUUCUGCGUGAGGAAAUGGGCUUGCGGUUUAUUCGCAUCAGCAAGCCCAGGAGUCUGGAACAGCCCCUCACCCUGACAAGGGUACGUAACUUAACUCCCUCCUCAUCCUCAUCUCUCAGAGAGUUUUGGCCAGCACUCCCACAUUUCAAAAAGAAUACAUUGGUUACACAUGGAUAGAGAAUCUGUACGAUGAAAUGUUUCAUUAAAAUCUUCCGUUUUUAAAGCGUAUCUGAAAGGAAUUCAUAGAUCUGUACUCAAUGAGUUAAGCCAGGUCUUCUCAAAGCUGAUCUGUGGAUCCCUCUCGUCAGCACUGCCUGGGUACCUCUUAAAAACAGGUUUCUGGAUGCUGUCCCUCUUAAAAAUUGAAGCUGAGUCUCGGGGAGGGCGACCAGCAUUUGCAUUUUCAGUAGACACCACAGAGGACUGUGGCUCCAAGGGAAUCUGAGAACUAACUUUAGGUUUUGUUGGAAGCUGAGGCACAGACCAGCGACCAGCGCCUGCAGUCUUCCUGUUUGGGGCUCCCUUAGGGAGAGGAUUUUUCUAGCGAAGAGCCAGAGUCCCACACCCUGCCCUCUGCAAGUGGGGCCUGGGCUCCACCUGGCUUGGGGACAUGGCCUGUGAAGGAGACAAGUUGGAAGAAAGACACCCCGGUAAGAAUGAGGUGAGGAACCAACUGGUGUGUCUGCUGGAACUCAUUUCGAUUUUAAAGAUUUUAAAUCCCUGGAGGCAUGCAUAAUGAAUGAAGGGAAGAUGAGCUAAGGAGCUAACUUCAGGGCAAGCUGGAUUCACAAACCCAUUCCCAUAGCCAGAUAUGCAGAUUCGAAAAAGCAUUUCCAGUUUCAUUUGCACAUGUCUUUUCACACCGCCUGCUGCAGAAUUCCCUGCUCGAAUGUGAAGCACGAACAAACCCCUGACCCAGAGAAUGCUAGAACGCUAGUCACGUUAACUUGGCCUCAGGAUUGCGUGUCCAGGCACAAAGGUGUGCUUGCUAGGGUUCUGGUUCUCUUGCCUGCUCUGCUUCAAAAGCUAUAAAUGUUCUUGGAUCUCUCUUUGGUGUUGCCAGCCAUAUUCUGCAAAUAAGACUUCUCAACUUAGUUAUAAGUAAUAUAAUUUUAUGUACAUACGAUAUUAGAAUAUUGUACAGAAUCUUUAUUUCUACAAUGUGCUGCUUUACUUGUUAAACAACAACAACAAAGGGAAAACGCACUUUGAAUUUUGUUGAUGACAUUGUUGCCUUUGAUUUCCCAUGGCUUCAUUUUUUAAUUGCGCUUACUUACCUAUUUGUACUGAUACCAAGCUUACGGACUAUGUAUGCGAGGCUGAGCAAGAGUCAGAGGUGCCCAGGCUCCCCAUACUCUGGAAAACAAAGGGACAACAGCUGGAUCGCCAGCUUCGUCAGACCUUGCUUCACUCACAUCCUUCCCAAAGGCUCACAGUUUAUAUUGAAGGGAGUGUAAUCAUGUGUCGGUUCUCCUGUCCCGUCUUUGAGAGCUGAACAUCCUGGCUAUUCUGUAAGCCACGUGACUGUGCAGGAAAACUCUUUGCGGCCCUGCAGGGCUGUCAGCUGCUUCUUGUGGGGCAGAGCGGUCCCUCUGAGGGCCAAGUGUGGUCUGUCUGCAGUGUUGACAACAGGGUUCCAGGAAGGAAUCGAGGGGUAUGCAGAUUCCAGCUGUUCCACUCGAUUAAGUGUAGUGUGAGUAAUUUAGUCGUUUUUUUUUUUUUUUUGCUAAUGUAAGGCUUUUCCCACCUUGCACUGAGGAUGUCUCCUUGCCUGCGAUUUCUCUUUAGCAAAUUGGUUGACUUCUGCACUGUUGGCAAACCCAUGAUGGAGAGGGAGUGAUAGCUUUACUGGACUUUCUUCUGGCCCCAGAAAUGCAGCCCCAAUAGCUGAUUCUUAAAGGGAAUCCCCCAAUCCAUCCCUCCUCUCUCUCUCUCUGCCCACAGAAAUAUUCUAGAAUGAGAACACUGAAUAAAUAUACUCGGACACAUUUUCUAAUCUUAGGAAGUUUCUAAAAAGCCUGUUGUCUUGACCAUUACUCAACCGUCCCUGGGAUAUUAUUAUUCAUUGUUUUGGAGGCAGAAUUGUCAGGGAGGACUGCCUUUAGAACUGCCCUGUCUGUACACAGCAGGCGUCAAUAAAUGCUGAAAAACAGACAAGUUACAGAAAGACAAGAUAGGCAAGAGAAGGCGACACAUAGGCACUUGCACAACAUGAUGACUAAGACUGAGUCCAGAUUGCAGAGCCUGCCCGCCCCCUAGGAUGUUAUUUAGAUCAAGUUUAGCUUUUAGAGUCUAGGUCUGGUUAAUUGCCAGGGUGGCAAAGAAUCGCAUGCAUCAAUAUAAGCAGGAGUCCAAAUGCAUUAUUAGUCGAAGAUCGAACUUCACAUGUAGAGAUGAAGUAGCUGUAAGCUGCAUAUUUACGCUGGGAAAUGACUAAGUGGAUGACUAGUAUAAAAGUCGUUGUCCGUUACGUCACACCUCUCAUCCGCUUGGAACAUGGAACUUUAUUCUAAAGUAUCAGCCAUUGGGGUCUUGUUCACUACAAGAUAAACUCACACUCCACCGAACUUUGCAGCUGUUCACAACUUGACGAGAUUGUACUCGCAAACUCUGUCUUCACAGAUGUCUAAUAAAGCGAAACUCUGGA